CGCUGCCUUACAAGUAGGUUACGUUGCACUUUUCAAAAACAACGAUUUUAGUUAAGUAUGGAAGAAAAAAGUAAUGAGUUCAAUAAUAGAAAAUCAGUUAUAGGAUUAUCUGCUCAAGUGUUGACACAAAAUGAGCUUGUUGCAUUUAUUGUAAAAUGUGCCAAUUUUGCUGCCAUUAAACAUAGUAAACAGAGAAGAUGCAACAAAGAACAGACACCGUACAUCAAUCAUCCCAUAGGAGUUGCAAAUAUAUUAGUUGAGGAAGGAAACGUGUAUGAUCCUAAUGUCAUAGUAGCUGCUUUACUUCAUGAUACAGUAGAAGAUACAGAUACCUCGUUUGAGGAGAUUGAGGAGCAUUUUGGUGAAAAAGUGAGAAAGAUUGUUGAAGAAGUCACUGAUGACAAAUCUUUGCCAAAGUUAGAAAGGAAAAGAUUGCAAAUUGUACAUGCUCCAGAUUCCAGUUUUAAAGCAAAGCUUGUCAAACUCGCUGAUAAGCUGUAUAAUUUAAGAGAUUUGGAAAAAGAAACACCUGUUGGAUGGUCCCUAGACAGAGUUGAUCAGUACUUUGAGUGGGCAAAAUCUGUUGUUAAUGGACUGAAAGGUACUAAUGCCAAACUAGAAAAGUUAUUAGAUGCCAUGUUCGACAACCAUGACUUGAAAAUUAAGGAAAUAAAAGAAGGUUUAGGGAAUAAAUUAUAAGGUGAU